AGUAAGAGCUGAAUUUAUUGCAACAGAGAAACAACUAUCAGUUCAUAAUGGGAUCAGGACUGUUACCAGGAAUAAUACUAGUUAUACUGAGUACAUGUUAUACAAAUGGCCUAACAUUGAAUGACCUGUACCCAUAUGGUACACAACAUGGGGACACAAUGAGGACUGGAUCUAGUGUUUCAGGAGUAUUUCUGGCUCCAAUUGAUAAUUUAGUUGCAUUUGGUCCAGCUGGAGCUACAGCAACAGAUUACAGAGUCAUACACAAUGGGUUCUUGAGACUUGCAAAUAAUGGCAAUAAUAAAUUUAUCUUUUUGAAUUUGCUCCUUGUGACUUCAGGUGAUUUUUCCAAUACUAUAGUAUAUGGUAGGACUACUGCUGAUCCAGGGUUAAUUAAAAGAGCAAUGGAUCAGAUUAAUGAAGCAUUUCCUUAUACUUUCUGCAGUACAUCUCCUCCUACACAAUUAAUAAUAGGAACAUGGAUAGAUCAUCGAAAAGCUGGCACAAAUUUAGGCAGUAACUUCCAGGCAAUUCUUGUAACUAAUGGAAGCAUUACAUUUGGUAUUGCUCUAUAUGUCAAUGUACGCAUUGCCACAGCUGAUACUGGAAUAAGUUCAAGCAUUAAUGGUGUUUAUGCAGAACUUGAUCCUUUAUUUCCAUUUGGUGCUAAUGUUAUGGAUGCUCCUAGCAUGAUGCUUAAUAGCAGCAUACCAGGGACAUAUAUAUUUUCACUGAAUCAUAUACCACCACCAGAUAGUUGUAAUUCUGUCUGCUAUUCUUGCAAGGCCAGACUUGUUCAGUUGGCAUGCGAAACUAGGAGGGUUAAUGGUGAAAAUGUACCAGCUUCUUGUAACUAUUAACAUUCUAUUUCAUGGGGUUUUGUUUUUGAGAUUGAUAUUGUUUAUAAUUAGUGAGAAUUAGCAAAGUAAAGUCAAUAUAAAGACAGUUGUUAUUUUAUCAACGUUAAUUAAAUUUUCAUUUUUGUCUUAGAUCAUUUUUUAAUAGCUAUUUUUGUAACAAAUAAAUGCCAGACUCA